AUGCCUGUCAAGAGACACAAAGUUUUGCUCCACUGGAUUUACCAUGGGCUCCUUGUGGAUGAUCGUCCCACUGUCUCUAUUAUUCGUGUUCAAGGUGUAGAUGCCGAUGCGGGAGAAUUACGUGAAGACAUCUUUGACAUAAAUCUAGAGUCCAAAAAAGAACUGUUUGAGGGAGAUAUUGUUGGUGAUAUAAGGAGGAAUGCAAUCUUGGAUGAAACAAAAAGAUGGAAAUUCCCCAUUCCUUAUAUACUGACAGAUUCACUAGAACUGAAUGCCAAGGGUGUAAUUCUCCAGGCGAUGGAAAUGUACAGGCUCAAAUCUUGUGUGGACUUCAAGCCCUAUGAGGACGAGAGCACCUACAUAUCCUUCUCCAAACAGGAUGGGUGCUGGUCAUAUGUGGGAGAUUUUCAAACGGGUCAGGACCUGUCCAUUGGAGAAAGGUGUGACACUAAGGCCAUUGUAGAACAUGAGCUCCUCCACGCUCUUGGCUUUUACCAUGAACAGUCACGGUCUGAUCGGGACGACUAUGUCCAGAUCUGGUGGGAUCAAAUCAUACCAGGAAAAGAACACAACUUUAACAAGUAUGAGGAUGAUUUCAUUACCGAUCUGAACACCCCCUAUGAUUAUGAGUCUAUCAUGCACUACAGGCCCUUGUCUUUCAACAAGAAUGCAAGUAUACCAACCAUCACCACCGCCAUCCCCGCUUUCAAUGAUGUCAUUGGACAGCGGUUGGACUUCAGUGCCGUUGACAUUGAGAGGUUAAACCGCAUGUAUGACUGCGCUUCCACACUUACUCUCCUGGACCAGUGUGCCUUCGAGCAGAUCAACAUCUGCGGCAUGAUCCAGAAUGAGGCCGAUGGUGCAGACUGGGUCCAAACUGUGACUUCUCCAGGGGACCAGGACCACACUCUUGGAGGAAAAUGCAGGGAUGCUGGCUACUUCAUGAAGUUCGACACAUCAAAUAAAGAAGUAGGACACAGCGCACUGCUGGAGUCCCGAAUCCUCUACCCCAAGAGAAAACAACAGUGCCUCCAAUUCUUCUACAAAACCACAGGGGGCGCUGGUGACCUACUGACCAUCUGGGUUCGUACAGAUGAUGGCACAGGCAAUGUUCGGCAGAUGCAGAAAGUUCACACUAUCACCGGAGACAGCGAUGAGUCCUGGAAGAUAGCCCAUGUCACUCUAAAUGCUGAGAAGAAGUUCCGGUACAUCUUCCAGGGCACGGUGGGUUCAAAGAAAACAUCGGGAGGAAUCUUCAUUGAUGAUGUCACCCUGUCUGAGAUGGCAUGCCCAAACGCUGUCUGGCAAAUCCGGAACUUCACACAUUUACUAACAAGCAUGCCUCAGUGGGACAGCAUCAGAAGUGAGCGGUUCUUCAGCUCCGAGGGCUACAGUUAUGGAAUAAGCGUGUAUCCAAAUGGCAGGAAUUCCUCAGGCUACUUGGCAGUGACAUUUAACCUGUACAGUGGGGAGAAUGAUGCUGUGCUGGAGUGGCCUGCUGCAAACAGACAGGUGACUAUCACCGUGAUGGACCAGGACCCCGAUGUUACACAGCAAAUGUCCAACAGCAGGAGCUUCACCACUGACACAAACCCAAGGUGGAAUAAGCCAUCCACUACUGGAGUGUUUGAUGAGAGCUGUCAGUGUUUCCGGAGCAGUGAUUAUGGAUGGAGCACCUUCAUGUCCCAUCAGCAGCUGAGUAGAAGAAGCUUCCUGAAGAACGACGACCUAAUUGUCACUGUCAACGUAGAUGAUCUAACACAUCUCAUAAAGACAGAGGUUCCAGUCAAACCCAAAACAUCCAUUGAUCUUCAAGCGGUGGAGCAGAACCAUGAAGCUCCCAAACCCAGGAGGGCACGCUCUGUAAGGGAUCACUGCCAACCGAACCCCUGCCUGAAUGGAGGCGUUUGUGUCCAAAAUGAGGGCAAAGCCACGUGCAGGUGUGCCUCUGGCAAAGCCGUGGUCUACUCAGGAGACAUGUGUGAGAAGCAGCAUGUUGAUGGGGGAAUCAUGGGAGUUUUCAUCGGUGGGAUUGCAGGCACUGUGGUUCUUACUGGUGCCAUUAUAGCAGUCUUACGCAAACCACACUGA